AGGGCCGGGCCGGGCCCGGCGUCGCCAUGGGCUCCUGAGGCCUCCGCGCCCCCGCGCCGGUGCCGGCGCCGCCCGCGGGGCAGUGGGGCAGGGCUCGACCCGACCCCUCCUCGCCCCACCGGGCUGGGCCGCGCCCGCCCGCCCGCUGCAGGGUCUUGGCUUGUGGGCAGCUCUUCAGCAAUCCCAUCUGGAACCUCACACCAAAAGGCACCAUGAUAAUGAUGACUGAUGUCACUGCAGCCCCCAGAUUGGGGUCAACUGCCACCACUUCAGCUGUGGCUCCUAACUUCUCCCGGAUGCCGGAGGAUGGCAGCCCCACGGCUGUGGAGCAGCCAAUAUUCCUCAUGACCCCUGCUGCUCAGGCUAUCUCAGGUUUCUUUGUAUGGACAGCUUUGCUCAUCACCUGCCAUCAGAUCUACAUGCAUCUUCGCUGCUAUAGCUGCCCAAACGAACAGCGCUACAUCGUUCGGAUCCUCUUCAUUGUGCCCAUUUAUGCCUUUGACUCAUGGCUCAGUCUCCUGUUCUUCACCAAUGACCAGUACUAUGUUUACUUUGGCACAGUGCGAGACUGCUAUGAAGCCUUUGUAAUAUACAACUUUCUCAGCCUAUGCUAUGAGUACUUGGGAGGGGAGAGCUCCAUCAUGUCUGAGAUCAGAGGGAAACCAAUUGAGUCCAGCUGUGUGUAUGGAACUUGCUGCCUGUGGGGAAAGACCUAUUCUAUUGGAUUCCUGAGGUUCUGCAAACAGGCUACCCUGCAGUUCUGUGUGGUGAAGCCCCUCAUGGCAAUCAGCACAGUCGUCCUUCAGGCCUUCGGCAAGUACCGGGAUGGUGACUUUGAUGUGACCAGUGGCUACCUCUAUGUGACGAUCAUCUACAACAUCUCUGUCAGCCUGGCACUGUAUGCCCUCUUCCUUUUCUACUUCGCCACACGUGAGCUACUCAGUCCCUAUAGCCCAGUCCUCAAGUUCUUCAUGGUGAAGUCUGUCAUCUUCCUGUCCUUCUGGCAAGGGAUGCUGUUGGCCAUCUUGGAGAAGUGUGGUGCCAUCCCCAAAAUCCACUCUGCUGAUGUGUCUGUGGGUGAAGGCACAGUAGCUGCUGGGUAUCAAGACUUCAUCAUUUGUGUGGAGAUGUUCUUUGCAGCCAUUGCCCUGCGCCACGCCUUCACAUACAAGGUGUAUGUGGACAAGAGAAUUGAUGCCCAAGGUCGCUGUGCUCCCAUGAAGAGCAUCUCCAGCAGCCUCAAGGAGACCAUGAACCCUCAUGACAUUGUCCAAGAUGCGAUCCACAACUUCUCCCCAGCCUACCAGCAGUACACCCAGCAGUCAACGCUGGAGCACGGUCCACCCUGGCGCAAUGGCAGUCACGUUAUCUCGCGCUCCCACAGCUGCUCCGGUGCCCGUGAUAACGAGAAGACCCUCUUGCUGAGCUCUGACGAUGAAUUCUAGGAGGGGAAACUGCCAGCACAGGCUGUCAAUUUCCUCCCUUUUUUUUUUUUAUAAUUUAUUAAAGCAGAAACACACAAGUCAUAUCACUUCCUAGAGAGUACAGAUUGCAGAAGUGUGGGCACUUCCCAUUAGCUUUUGUGGGUACGGACAUGAUGAGCAGUGUGGAGGUGGUGGAAUGGCCAGGACUUUAUUCUCGAGCCCAUUCCUUACAGCAGCAAUCAAAUUAAUUGCAGCAAAGCUCCAGGGUUUGGAGCUCUGGCUUCCCACACCUGCCCUGUUUGGUGUGGAGCGUCACUGGCCAGAGCCUGGAGUUGUGGCCAAAAAUGUUUUUGUUUUUUUUUCCAACAGGACAACCUGACUCCUUUGUAUUUUUUUUCCUGAAUGGUUGAUGUAGGCAUAGUUUUCUCCCCGACUCUCUGGUACUAACAUCUCUGUGAUCCUUGGGAAAUGGGAUUGGGAUGCAGCGAUAAGCAUUCCUGAGGAUCAGACCAGAGACUGGUCUAUAUAGCCAUUGCCUUUAAUGCUAAGUAAGGAAUAUCUGCCCCCACCCUCCCGAGCACCUUGUUUUGAGCCCUGGAGUCAGAGUCACUUGAGUGAGCGAGGGGGAAAAGGACAGGACUUUUUUCCUUUUCUUUGGCUCCCUACAUCCCCUGAUCACCAUCAAAGCUGAUGCUUGUUGAGGCUCAGUGGGGAUGGAAUUGCUUUCUCACAAGGAUGGAGUUUUCUAAUCAUUAAGUGUCCAAGCUUCCCAUCUCCCUUGUGUUCCUGUGGCUAGAAGCCUCCGUGGAGCAUGUCUCCUGCUAAGAAGAUGGAGGACUGCCUGUGAUAGGCAGUGGAAGUUUGUAGAGCUCUGGCCCCUUCACUCCUCUUUGGGAAGGGAAGAUAUGUAAACACAAAAUCAGUUUUUUGUUUUUGUUUCCUGUCCCCCAGCAUCACAGCUGCCCCUCUUAAAGGUGUGGGUUGCAUCAGGUAGCUGCCAGAGCAGGUCCUGGUCUCUCACAGGUAUCUCUCCCCAUGCUUUUUAUCACUGACUUUCCCUGUGAGCUGCACAAAUUUUGCUCUUAGGCUGGAAUAUCCAGAAAGGAAUGUUGCACACUCCUUUGUUUUUUAUCUCCAUAGCUGUUCUGGGCCAAACUGGAGCAGACUUGAAACCUGACAUGACCUGGCUGGUCGAAAUUGUCCCUUUUAUUCUCCCAGGCAGUAGUUGCUGCUGCACACUUCACAGACCCUGCUGCAACUCAGUGCUAUCAAGGGUGGAACCGUUAUCCAUGAAAGUGGGAGAAGCUUUCCCUUGCUACUGUUGGGUUUCGGAUGGGCCCAUGGGUACUUAGUAGAGCCACAACAGAAGUGAUCCCUCUGUAGAUCUAUCCAGGGACCAGAAAAUGCCUCUUGCUUACUUAAAAUUAUCUAGGGGAAGAGUGGGCAGCAUGCUCAAGUGCUACAGAUCAGAUGCUCCUACCUGCAAGCAGGAAGCAAAACUGAGAGAUUGGAGCGAGCUGCUGUGUUCUUCUCGGCUGUAGUUUCUCCGUUCCUCUCCCACUUGCCUUCCCUGCCAUCAGCAGACCUGUGUGGUUCCACACUGCCCCUCGUUACUCUGCUAGGAGCACUGGAGGCUGGUUUACUGCCUUCAGGUUACCUCUCCACUUGUUUCCUAAUCCAUCUGCUUGUUUGUUCAGUGUCUCAGGAGUGACAGUGAGUGAAGAGCUUCUCAUUUCCUCAACACCCCUGCCCAAGCUGGGCAAAAGGGCUUAAGGAGAGGCAGUUUUGCUCCCUGCUGUGAGAAUAAGAUAAAGGAAGGGCUUAAGGACAAUGUCUCCUUCUGUACUUGUGUCUGGGGGGAUGGUGAAUCAGGUGGGAGCAACAGUGCUGACUGUUGAGGGAGCUGGAGGCAGGAUCAGUGGAUCCAGCAGCUUCUGUGCUGUUGGAUUUCCCCAUUUGUACACAUCCUGCGAUGCCAUGCUGUUAGUUACUGCUUUUCCUAAGUCUGUGUCUGCUUAAAUGGACAUGCAAAUAUGCUCUGCCAGGCUUUGUGUGGGCUUGGUGUAAAACUUCCUCAUGCAUAAGCUGCCUGGAAAGCAGGGCUGAAGAUUGAAUGGGCUUUCCUUCUGUCCUCUAUGGCUUUGAUUAAUAGUCCUUUAAACGUGAGGUACUUAUGUUAAAGUUGCCCUCUCUCUUAAGAAAGUAGGGUGUAGGACAUGAUCCUACCCUCCCCUUUCUUUGCAUUUGCAGGUCUUGAUGAUGUCCCAGUCGCCCACUUGGUGACCGUUCCCAAUCUUUGUUGCAUUUGGGUGGCCGAAAUCCAAAAUCUCAGUUAUUGCCUCAUUGAGCAUGAAGGUGGUCCAGGCUUGGAGAAGCGUUUCUUAGAACUUACUUUGAAAUGUCUCCUGCACAUAUAUGCUGUGCAGAGGAUCUGGAUAUUCUCAAAGCAUCCUUUAUGUAGUGGUUUCAAUAUAACCCUUUUGCACCAGCUGCCUUCAGAGAAGCCUGAUGAAGAACUAGUGCCCAAACAACAGCCAGCUGCCCUGCUUUAUAAUUUUAUAUACAUAUAUAUUUUUUAACACCACACAAAAUCAUCCAGCACAGAGCUUGCUGCUCUCCCUCCCGACAGGCAAGUGCCAGAGCAAGGAUUGGCUCUGAAGCCGCUCUGGCUUGGAGGAGCAAAUAUAAGAUUCAGAGCUUGAAACCAAGAAGGCCAAGGUAUCUGUGGUCUUGCAGGUCUGCUCAUGGUAGCCCAGGGCCCCAAGAAAUGUGUCAGUUCCAGGAGUAGGCCCUUGGAGCUGCUCUCCCUCACCUGCUUCCGCUCUUCUUCCUUCCUUCCUUUUUGUUUACCAUGUAACAUACCCAUGGGAUUUGUUUAUUAUUUUUCCAUAUAGAGUAGUUCUUUGUAUAUAAAUGACUGAAAAAAAAAGUAUGAUAAAUAAGACAGAGUCACCUAGUUUUGUACCUAUUGUGUUUAACUGAUGUGAGCUCAGCGACAAGCCGCUCUCUCUAUUUUGGUCUUUGUGACGUUAUACUCCGCAGAAAUGAGCAAAUAUGAUGACAAAUAAAAAAUAUAGAGAUAAUAUAGAUUGUACUUAAACUGC